AUGAAGACUGUAUGUUUGGUCCUUGUUUUUGUCCUACUAGCAUUACAAUGCUUGGCAUCAGAUGAUUCACCAUUUCAACUAAUCAACAAAGCUACUGGAUUUUGUUUGGUCAAAACUGGUGUCACCUGUGAUGACAUACGAUGGACAACUGGUGGACGGCUGCUGGUUGAGGGGAAGAAUAGAUGCCUCGGAGUCCAGGGGAAAAGUGUGGGGAGUGAAGUACACCUCUACGAUUGUGAUGAAAACAGUGAGCUCCAAAAAUGGGAAUGCAAGAAUGAAACGGUGCUCGCUCUCCAAGGCCAGGAGCUUUAUGUUGAGCCCAAGGCAGACGGCCCAGCUGUACUCUCAAAAACGAUUGGACCCAACAGCCACCUCACAAUUUCAGGAACGUCGAGUGGAGCCUGUUCAAGAACUUACAGAGAAAUUUACACUAUUGAAGGAACUGCAGCUGGAAGGAUGUGCAUGUUUCCUUUUAUGUACGACAACCAGUGGUACUCAAGCUGCACACUGAUUGACUCCGAGGAGCGUCUUUGGUGUUCUGUCGAAACAAAGUAUGAACACGAGAACUGGGGCUACUGCCCAACAAACAUAAAGGAAAACUGGCACAAACACCCAAGUGGAGCAGUUUACCAGCUGAACACACAGUCAGCUCUGACAUGGCUGCAGGCUGAAACCAGCUGUAAGCAGCAGGGAGCCUCCCUGCUCAGUAUCACUGAUCCGCACCAGCAGGCCUAUGUCACAGCCCUGCUAGAUCUAAGUGGCAUCCAUCAAGGGUACAAGCUUUGGACUGGACUGACUCUGGACUCAGAACAUGGCUGGAAGUGGACCAAUGGGAACGCUUUCCGUUAUCUGAAUUGGGACUCAGGGUAUCCAAUUUCAUAUCCAGGACAUGUUUGUGGAAUUAUGGAUGGAUCUGUGAGGUUCUCCUGGCAAAAUUCAAAAUGUGACAAGAAACUGGGCUAUAUCUGCUACAGUAAAGGAGUUUUGCCUUCUCCUACUGAAAGUGUAGAUGCAGGAUUCUGCUCAGCGCCAUGGAUUCCAUACAACGGUCACUGCUUUCACCUUUAUCGCACAGAGAAAACAUGGACUGGUGCUCGGUCAGCUUGCCUUAAAGAAGGUGGAGAUCUCACAAGCAUCCGCAACGUGGAGGACCAAAGCUUUGUCAUCUCUCAGCUUGGCUACGCUUCCACAGACGAGCUUUGGAUUGGACUCAAUGACAAGAAGACAGAAGGCCUGUUUGACUGGAGUGACCAGUCCACAGUCAGCUUCAUCAGCUGGGAACUUGGAAAACCAGCUGUCACCGCAGGACAAGAAGACUGUGUUCUUAUCAGGGGAGAGAGUGGAAAUUGGGCCGACCGUGAAUGUCAGGAGAAACAUGGCUUCAUUUGUAUGAAAACAAGUUCUCCAGAACCCUCUGGGGACGAGGUGGAACAGAACCCGGGCUGCAGGAUUGGUUGGAAAAGACAUGGCUCCUACUGCUACUUUAUUGGGACGGAGACAAAGAUGUUUGAUGAAGCGAAAGACCACUGCAGGGGCUCAGAUUCCUACUUGGCAGAUAUUUCAUCAAGGAUGGAUAAUGCCUUCCUUGUCAGCUUGGUGGGUUUGAGACCAGAGAAACAUUUUUGGUUGGGGCUCUCAAACCAGAUGAACAAAGAUGUUUUUGAGUGGACCAACACAAAAUCUGUGAGAUUUACUCACUGGAAUUUUGAAAUGCCAGGGCACAGCCAGGGUUGUGUUGCUAUGGCAACUGGGAGUUUUGCAGGUCUCUGGGAUGUGUUGCCUUGUACCAACAGGGAGAAGUUCAUCUGCAAACAUCUGGCGGAGUGGGCUAUUCUAACUCCUGCCCCACCAACUGUUCCCUCCACCACAUGUGAAUUAGGCUGGACCAAAUUCAAAUCCAGAAACUUGUGUUAUAAGAUGUAUCAAGCUUAUUCAAAACAGAAGACUUGGUAUGAGGCCAGAGAUUUCUGCAGAGCGAUUGGAGGAGACUUGGUCAGCUUCCACAGCGCUGCUGAACUGAAAAUGGAGCCAUGGAGCUCUGGAAAAUAUUGGAUUGGACUUCAUGUGCCUGACCGAGGAGCCGGCUUUGUGUGGAGUGAUGGGUCACCAGUCAACUUUAAACACUGGCAUGAUGGAGAGCCAAACAAUAAAAACAAUGUAGAAGACUGUGUUGAAUUUUUUGCUCUUGACUGGCAUAAGGAUGGUUCAUGGAAUGAUAAUCAUUGUGAAAAACAAAAUAGCUGGAUUUGUCAGAUCUCUACAGGUGUCUCUCUAAAGCCAUCUCCACCCCCUGCCACUCCAGAUUAUAACAUCACUUCAGAUGGGUGGCUGGAAUGGAAAGGGAAUCAAUAUUUUAUGAAUAAGCAAAAAAUGGCCAUGGAAGAUGCUCGGCAAUUCUGCAAACAGAGGCAUGCUGACUUGGUGAUCAUCGACAGCGAAGCUGAAUGGAGCUUUUUAUGGAAACAGGUGAGCACUGAAAUUAAUGUAUACAGAAUUCACCGUGUUUGGAUUGGUAUGACUGUAGAUCUUGACAAAACAUUUCAAUGGGUGGAUGGUUCUCCAGUGUUAUUUCAAAUGUGGGAAGAAGGGCAGCCUGAUUUCAAAAAUUUUGACGAGAACUGUGUUUCCAUGAUGUCUCAUACUGGGCUAUGGCAUGAUAAUAACUGUGGAACUGAAUUUUCAUCUAUUUGUAAGCGCAGCCACUCACCACCUGUCAAUACCACUGUGGCACCCAUGCCAGUUAAAGGUGGUUGCAAAGACACCUGGAAAAAACUGAACUUUAAGUGUUACAAGAUCAUAAGCGAUCAAAAUUUUACCUGGCACGAAGCAAGGCAGCAGUGUAGAGACAUGGGUGGAAACCUGGCCUCAAUUUCUUCAAGACAUGUGCAAGUGUUUUUAAUGUCUCAAAUGGUUGAUGCACCGACAACAGACCUGUGGAUUGGUUUUCAUAAUUUAUAUACGCUUGGGUUUUACUGGACUGAUGGACAACCAAAAUCAUAUACAAACUUAAAGUUACCAUAUGGCGCAAAAUGCACUGUGAUAAAUACCGAUUCUUCACUUGGUAUUGGCAAAUGGAUACCGAAAUCCUGCAAUGACACCAAUGGAUUUAUUUGCCUGCAAAAUGUUGACUCUUCAAUCCAUGACUCUCCUGAACCAACUUCCACCAACUAUAUCAAAAUAUUGAAUGACAGCAUCAAACUUGUUCCUCAACAAAUGAGCUGGGAUGCAGCAAAGAAGCACUGUGAAGAUGAUGGUGCAAGCCUGGCUAGCAUACGAUCUCAGUGGACGCAGGAUUACAUCGAGCUGCUGGCUAUGAACCUCAAGAGACCUGUAUGGAUUGGACUCAACAAAGCACAGACCAAUGGCUAUUUCAAAUUUGUCAGUGGCUGGAUGUUAACAUUUACUAACUGGGGAAUAAAUGAACCGAGGACAUCUGGAACUUGUGGCUUUGUGGAUGUGGAUGGAAAAUGGAAAACCAGUGACUGUAAUCAGACCAUCAGCAGCGUUUGCAUGAAGUCUAAGGAUGUACCACCAACUUACGAAUCAGCUGAUUUUCCAGGAGUUUGUCCAGAAGACUCAGAUGAAAUUUACACACGGCACAGACUUUCCUGGAAACCUUUUAGAGGUUACUGCUACUUAUUUAUUUCUGAGACAAAAAUGUGGUCAGAAGCUUCAGUCAGUUGUGUAGAACAUGGUGGAACACUUGCCAGCAUCGAAAAUCCAUUCGAACAAAGUUUCAUACAAAGUAACAUCCAAUUAUUUCAAGACAUCUACUCGUCUUAUUGGAUUGGCCUGUUUAGAACUAAAUACGGAAAGUGGAUGUGGUUGGAUAAAGCAGUCAUGGAUUUCACAAACUGGCUUGUAGAUGAAACUGAUUCUUUUCAUUUGUCACUUGGUGGCCUCUUUGGAAUAAUUAGUACAUCAGAUGGGACAUGGGCUCAAAAUGGUGGAUUAUUUGAUAGACCUUACAUCUGCAAAACAGCCAAAGCGUCCCCAAAUGUUGGAUCAACUCCUGAUCGAGGUCGCACAGCUUUGGUGGUCGUGUUAGUCAUUGCUGGACUUGCAGCAGGGACGGUCAUUGCCAUCUUCUUUCUCAAGAAGUCUGGUCGUUGCUCACCCAUUUAUAACAGGUUAACUAACUUUGACAACCCACUUUUCUUUGGACACAACCAGUCACAGCCUGGUUUGGUGGAUCACAAUACACUGGUAGAAAAUGCAGAUGAAGAUAACACUCAACCUGUGAUAACUAUAUAA